AUGGCCAGCUCGAAGCUAUACCUCCUCCUCCUGCUGCUGCUGCUGACUGGCCAUCCUGGACCCUCAAGGGCUCAGCAUUGGUCCCAUGGCUGGUACCCCGGAGGAAAGCGAGCCCCCAGCUCAUCUCAGGACCCCCGGAGUGACCUUGGGUCCUCAGGUAGCCUAUUCCAGAGUGCCCACAGCCUCCCAAGUGAUGCUAUGGCAUCUUCUAAGGACCCUAUGCCCUGGGAGGCCAGGGCCAGGGCCCAGUGGUCCCACAGGAAGCAGCACUUGGUGCAGACACUAUUGUGGAGUAGGAUAACGCAGCGCGAGCGCAGCGUCCCGCCGCCUUUCAAUAAAAAGUGUGAACUCUCAAGUUGUCUCGUGCGUUCCCUCCCUAGACCACCCCAGCUGAGAACCCCCAGGGAGCGGGGCCGACAGGGGCGGCUGGAGGGCAGAGAGACGGCGGAGGCCGCGCCCCGCCGCCGCUGCAGGGGGCGGGGGGAAGAGUAG